AGCAUCGACUUCUUGAACAGGUUGUUGACUCAACAAAAUUACUACACACCACAGCUUCUUAUUGCAAAGUGAAAUCUCCAGAUGUGUGCUUAUCCCCUGACAAGAAAAUGAUAAUGUGCUGGCAUCCCGAGCCAGAAUUUCCAUAUGAAGACAGCAUGCCUUUGCCCCGGGACAAUACAGAACUGACUGAGGGCGAGUCUGUCCUGAAAGUGCAAUAUUUGGUGGAGGAGAAACUGAAGAACAGGCCGGACGGACCCACCGACAAUGAGCUCACUCAGCUGUUUUACACUUCCAAAGAUUAUUUCAAGACAAGGCACAGGACAGAGAAAAGAGUGAAGAUGAGGAAAUUUCACCCCAAAGACAGAGACGGAUUAUAGCAUUGUUAAGUGAUUAUUAAAGAAAUUUAUACAAACUA